CCUAAAUCCAUCACUCGACUUUAUAUAUAUUGAUUAUAUCAAGUCAUACAAUAAACAUCAUCAUGACUCCCCUGAUUUUCCUCACAUUCGCGCUGUGUAUACUGCAAUCAACCGCGAUGAUCAUCCCACGAUCUUCAGAAGCAAAACUUGAAUCAUCGUCACAAUGUCGUCCAUUAACCGUCCCUCCCGAGUUCCGCCAUCCCGAUCCAUCCAGAAACAAAAACAACAUCGGACACACUUCUUCCAUACCGAAUCUCUUCGUCGCCGCAAACAACAUGGCCAUUCUCUGCUCGAGAGAUACCAAUCAGUUUCUCCGUUUUGAUGAGAUUGAGCACGGGCUGAGCGAGAAUCUUCUUCAGUUCAACACCGAUAUGGCGGGUCAAGAUUGUGAUUUUGUGCUCGGACUUAUUGAGGAGGCGUGUGAGAGCCCUUGUGGGGGAGAGGUGGGAUUUGGGUUGCAGGUGAUGUUGGUUGUUAUGGUGGUUUUCGGGCUGGUAAGGGUGUUCAAGGUGUUCAAGGCUUCGAGAGGAGGUGAGGGGGGUGAGAGUGAGAGACAGGGUCUGCAGGGUUAUUAUCAGACUGUCCAGGAUGAGAAGAAGAGAGAAGCUGCGCGACUUGAGUUGGAUGAGUCUGAUGAUGAUAGCAGUCAUCCUUUGGACUAGACGGACAGCCCUAUUAACGAGACAAUGAAUCAUUUCCUUUCUUCAUGCUUAAUCCACC